CUAUAGCGUACGGUCCCACUUAGCAAAUACAAACACAAUGAAAACGUAUUAUUUGUUAGCACUUUUCGCCGUUGCAGUGCCGUAUGUGGCCGCAUCUUAUGGACCUGCACCCAAUCCCGGUUACGUCUCAAACUUACCAGGAGGUGCAAGCAAUUUGGAUGAUCUUGUACAAGCUGCCACUGGUGGAUCACAGCAAUCAGUCAGUUCAAUCACAAAACCAGCUGAAGUGCAACCCACAUUAGUUGAACAAGCUCGUCUAAAUAACGCACAAGCUCAAUUGCAUGCUUUGAAUGCCAACCCCACAUAUAAAAAUAUGCGUGACUCAGAUGCUAUUGCUGAAUCCUUGGCUACAAAUAACUUGGCUUCAAACAUCCGUCGCGGAAAUAUUAACCUUGUUGCACCAAAUAUUGUUGAUCAAGGUAUCUUCCGUUCCGUUUUGGUACCAUCUGGUCCAAAUAACCAUAAUGUAAUUGCUACCCAACCAUUGCCACCAAUUGUUGUCAACCAACCAGGUGCUCCACCACAACAAGUUAGCAGUGGUCCACCAGCUGUUGUCAAGGCUGCACCAGUCAUCUACAAAAUUAAGCCAUCUGUCAUCUAUCAACAAGAAAUUAUUAACAAAGUGCCAACUCCACUCAGCUUGAACCCAGUCUACGUUAAAGUAUACAAACCAGGCAAGAAAAUCGACACCCCUGUUGCUCCAGUUGUGCAACCAGUACAUAACUAUGCUGCUCCCAAUUAUGGUGCUGCUUCCAGUUCUGCUUCAUCAGCUAGCGAUAGCUAUGCUAACCAAGCUCAAUACGCUCCUCAAGCUCCAGCCUAUGCUCCACCAACUUACUAAUUUGAUAAUAGCUCAAAUUAUAAAAAUUGAGGGAUGUCUUUAUAAAAUGGCUUCA